UUCCUUUUUUUUUGUCGUCGCACAAACAUUUCUUCCCCUUCGUUCGAUGGACUGCACGUCGAUGGAGGAGCCCACGGAUGAGCGCGGCAUUUUCAAGUCAAAGUAAAACGAUGGAUCUCAACGCCAACGGGGGUAUGGAGGACAGCGGCAUCGACAGCGAUCCAAAGACCAACACUCGCGCUGAGGAUGACAAUGUUUUCGGGGGCAGCGACAGCAGUAGUUGCAGCAGCAACGGCAACCACAAUCAACGUCAGUCCGUGGCUCUGAAGUCCACCACGAAACAGUUGCAGAAAAAACUUGAGGCACGGAUCGAGCAGGCCAAGCGGAUCCAGCGCAACAGCUCGCACCUCGAGUACACGAAGCUACCGGACAACGAGUCCGACGCCGGGGGCCCCAGUGGGAACAUAUCGCUCAUACCGAUACAGCGGCUACCGAUACCCCAGAAGAGGAAAAAACACAGCAACGCGCUCAUCGACUUUUUGCACAGCGACAGCGAGAGCGAGGACGAAAUGACGCUGUUCGCGUCGAGGGAGGAAAAGUCGAAGCACAAACAAGAUCUCACGGAUACGUUCAGCAUAGAGGAGCUGAGCGAGGAGGGCAGCGAGGACUCGUUGCACUUGGGCGCGGCGCCCAUGGAUCAUCCUCACACGCGGACCUACAUGCCUUCCGGGUGCUUCUCUUCCUGCCACUGUCGGAUACUUUGAACGGCCAUUGGAAGGACGAUACAGAUUUUUUUUUUAUUUUUUAUUUUUUUUAUUCAAAUAUAAAAAUAUAUCGAUGUAAAAGGGAGAUUUUAUAAAAAUAACGUUGGAAAGUCCGCGAGGAAGGAUUAUAGUGGCGCAAAGAUAAAUGCGUUGUUUGUAACGAUCGACUGCUUUUACUGUAUACAUGAUAUAUAUAUAUUUUUAAAAGAUGAUUACUUAUCGAUGUUGACUAGGUUUAACGACACUUACACGAAACACGACACAUUUUACUCGCAACCGUGGCGGUUGGUACAUGUACGUGUAGUUUAUACAUACAUACAUAUAUUAUAUAUUUGUUACAGUUGCCAAGCAAGUUUUUUAAUCGAGUAAAGACGGCGCCCCUUCAUCCGUGUACAUGUAUCCGUGUACAUAUUAUAUUAUAUUAUAUUUUGUAAAACAGUGGAAGAAGUAACGAAAUAAUAUUAUA